AUGCAUCACAAAUUGCUUAAAAUCUUGCAAGAGUGCAGGUCUCUCAAAGAACUGAAGCAGACCCACCUUCAGAUUUUCGUCCAUGGGCUGCAAGAUAACAGCUUUUUGCUUCCCAAGCUCCUCACUCUCUCCUCAGAACUGGGUUUUCUUCAUUAUGCUUAUUCUGUUUUUCGAAAUUCUUGUUGCCCCAAUGUUGUCGCUUACAACACAUUGAUAAAAUGCUCUGUAGGAAAGGCUCGUAUAGAUGCAUUGCGCGUCUACGAUCGAAUGAAGGCGCUUAGGAUUGUACCCAACAGUUUCACUUUCACUUUUCUUCUUAGGUGCUGUGAAUCUUUCGAGGCCCUUGAAGAUGGGACAAUGGUUCACGGUGACGUUGUCAAAAUGGGUUUUGGUUCUAGUGUCUUUGUUCAGAAUACCCUUUUGGAUUUCUAUGCUAAAUGCGGAGGUCGUUUGGAUUUGGCUUUCCAGGUGUUUGGUGAAAUGCCCGAAAGAGAUGUGGUUUCCUGGAAUUCGAUGAUUGCUGCUUACAUGGCCCAUGGUGAGAUAGAACCUGCGAUGAGGUUGUUUUAUUCAAUGCCAGAUAGGAGCACUGUGACAUGGAAUUGUGUUGUUUCUGGUCUUUCCAAGGCUGGAAAUAUGGAAUUAGCUCAUUCAGUUUUUGAGAGGAUGCCAGAAAGAAAUGAAGUUACGUGGAAUUCAUUAAUAACUGCGUAUAUACGGUUGGGUGAUGUCCAGUCUGCGCAGUGUUUAUUUGAGCAGAUGCCCAAGAAAACAGUAGUUUCUUGGACGGGCCAUGGUCUCGGGAUACAGCAUGAUUGGAGAUCUUGA